AUGACUACUCGCAUCGUCCAGCUCUUCACUCUAGCUGCUAAGCUUACUGUUGUCUGUGUCGGGCAGGAAGGUGACCUUGAGCCCAUCGAAUACGUUCCGAUGCUCUCUUUCUGUGACGGCCGUGGUCAAUUCAAUAGAACAUGGGCGGUGACUUUGACUCCCAAUAUCGAGAUAACCGACCUUAUCGAGAAGGGUUGCCGUUGUAACGACGGCUGGGCGUCGGUUGGCAUCAGAAACGAGACGUAUUCCUAUUACGUUAUUCGAUUCUGUGCGUUGUGGACUCGAGGCUACGACUACAGCAAGGACUUUGAAGACAGCUAUUGUGCUCCCUUUUUGUCACUUGUCGGUCUUCUGGACUGA